UAUGGAUAGGAAAACAAAUUUAAUAUAUCGCAUCAUAUAUCUGUUAUUGUAAAUGUUUUUGUUUAGGGAAAGAUGAUCAAACAGUAAAGAACAAUGGAGACGUAAUGUGGUCAUGGACACACUCCAAUUUUCAUCCCAACGACCAACUGGAUUUCUCGUACACUGACCAACAGCACAGGCCUGUCUAUGGCCUUUCUCAGCUGGACGAAGAUGUUCGCAAGGAAGCUGAACAACGAUGUGGAGCAAAAGACCUGAGCAAGACUCUAUUGGAAAACUGUGUACUUGACUUCAGCCUUACAAAAGAUGUUACGCUUGUUGAACAACAAGCUUUUCAGCAAGGCAAAUGCCCCAAUGACUGUUCCAAUCACGGGCAGUGCAACAACGGAACGUGUGUCUGUGUCAAGAAUUGGAUGGGCGAAGACUGCAGCCAAGCCGUUGACGAGUGCGCUACAGCAAGCAAGGCGUGCGAUCAGCUGUGCACUGAUACUUGUGAAGCGUACGAGUGUAAUUGCGGGAGCGGAUACCGGCUGUUAGACGACAACAGCACAUAUGAAGGACUAGAAAGGUAA